AUGGCAUCAGCCUGCUUCCUCACUGCUGAUUAUUCACCACCCACAAGCUUUUGCCAAUAUUCGCAAUCUUGGCGCUGCGAAGCGUUGGCCGCGCUGCUGGGACCCGAAAAGGUAUUGUUUCGAGGAAGCCCCGCCUACGAUACAACCCUAUCGUCAUAUUUCGCCUUACAGGCAUCCUCGGUCCAGCCGCUGUGUUUUGUUACGCCGCACACAGCCAGCGAUGUCUCCAGCGUGGUCCAGUCGCUCACCGCUGACUCCGCAGGCGGCUCAUGCCACUUCGCCAUCCGAUCUGGGGGCCACAUGUGGGUCCCGGGUGCAUCGAACUCCCCAGAUGGCGUCACGGUCGACCUGGCGAACCUCAAUUCGAUAGACGUGAACACCGAGGCCUUAACUGUGUCUGUUGGUCCCGCCGCGACGUGGGAUGCUGUGUUUGCCAAGCUUGACCCCUUGGGCUUUAGUGCUGUUGGAGGCCGAGUUGCUGGUGUGGGCGUGGGAGGCCUAACACUGGGCGGCGGUCUUUCUCAUUUCGGCCCUCGCUAUGGAUGGACCUGUGAUACGGUCACAGCUUUCGAGGUUGUGCUUGCCGACGGUUCCAUUAUAGAAGCGAAUGAGACACACAACAAGGACCUUUUCCGUGGACUCCGCGGCGGAUCCAACAACUUCGGCAUUGUCACUAGAAUCGACCUGAAGAUCUUCGAGCAAGGUCCUGUCUGGGCUGCUACCAUCUACAGUCCACUCUCGACUAUAGACGAUCAAAUCGAAAUUUUUGCCGGGCUUUCUGCGGCUGAGAAUUAUGACGAGAAUGCCUCGUUCAUCACGGGAUUCGGAUAUUCACAGUCCAGGAACCUAACAGUCAUCACCAACGACCUGGUGUACACAAAGGCGGUGGAGAACCCACAAUAUUACAAGGGGUUCCUGGAUCAACCUUCCAUUUACAGUUCAUCCUCCCUGACCAACAUGACGGCGCUUUCACAGCAGCAAGCAAGUUAUCUGCCCCCGGGGGUUUUUCGGUACCUGUUCGCAACGACAACCUUUGUCCCAACUCAGGAGAUGCUCCGUGCGGUAUACGAUGCUUAUGUUAGCAGUCUGGAAGCAGUCAAGGACAUCAACGGCCUGACUUGGACGGUCUCACUUGAACCACUGCCCCCUCAGAUCUACCAGCGUGGCGCAGCAGACAAUGCCCUUGGCCUGGCUGACCGGAGCGGGACACGCGUUGUGUGCCUUCUCUCACAGGCUUGGUCCGACCAGGCAGACAGUGAGCGUGCUACCGCAGCAUCUGCGGCGCUCGUCGGGGCCAUCGAAAAGGCCGCCCGCGAGCUCGGGGCCCAUGAUCCAUACAUCUACCUGAACUACGCCGCAAACUGGCAGGACCCAAUCUCGACCUAUGGGGCUGAGAGCGUCAAACAGCUGCAGGAGCUGCGAGCUAAGGUGGAUCCCGAGGGGGUCUUCACGCGUCUUGUCCCUGGUGGCUUCAAGGUGCCGAAUUGA